CAGGCUACAAUGGAGUUUGCUCACUGUAAUGACACUGUAAUAGAAAUUGCUCUGGCAUCCUUUUUUAAAAAAAAUCUGUCCUAAGCUGUCCUGGAAGUUACCUGGAUUUGAAGACUAUAGAAUAAUUAAUGUUAGAAUGGGCUUUAGGAAGUCAUUUUGUCCAACCUCAUGCUCAAACCAAGGUCAGCUGUGUCCUGGUCAAGCCUGUAGCUCAAAGCAAGGAAUUUUGAGUAAGAACCAAAGGGCUCAUGAUGCUCCUUAUUAGAGGGUGACUCCAUCACCUUCCUCUUUACCAUUCCCUGACCCUGGCUGAGAAUGCAGGAUGGAAAUGUUCUGCAGAAAACCAAGCCCCUGUUGUGGUGGAGGCUGGCUCCAGCUCCAAGCAAGGCUUGGAAAGAUUUAGAACUGGGUUGCAGCGGUAGCAUGGGAGUUUUGAGAGAAGUUCGUUGCUGCUAACUACUGCUUUUUUGGUUCCAGACUUUAUGUGGUAUUAAAAAAUACAUUUACACUGUCAUUUGAUUGUGACAACUUGGAAUUGAAAAAAACCCAGAACACAACACACAACUCUGAACACCCAAAAUGCCUCUCAUUCGCUUGCAAGCCUCUUCACUCGGUUCUCUUGGCAGGGAAAUGGCUUUAAAGUAUUUUGGGAUUAACCUGGUGUUUUCAAAGCAGUGCAGUUGAAGCUGAAAUCCUCUGUAUUGCCAGAAACUGUUACAAUGUGGCCCUUGUUGAUUACAGUGGACAAAGGGUUACAGAGCAGGUUUCAAACUGCUUUUCCCAAUUUACUGGGGUUUUUUUUGCGUGUGUACGUUGCCUGAAGGAUGGACCCAAUCAAUCAGAUAUAUUUUUUUCUUUAUUAAUGGAGAUCACACACUACACAAAAUUAAUCUUAAAUUGUUUCCAACAAAUGUACAUUAAAUCGAAGCUUCCGAGGUGGACUUGAAAGAGCUAAUAUAGCUGAGUUAAUAUUUAACAGUGAGUUUAGCGGAAGUUCUUAUCAAAGGGGGUAGAUUUUCAGAAAGUACUCAAGUCCCUUUGGGUUCAGGAGGGUAUAGCCAACUGCACGUGAAAUGCGUGUUAUGAACAGCUUCAGGGGUAAAAAUUGAUGGAUAGCUUAUCAGUCCUUUGCAGAAAGACCUCAUCUGUCAAAAUCCGGGUAGAUGUUUAAGUACUUGAAGAAUCAGGCAAUGUUAGCUCAGGUGUCUCCACUUGCAGACAGAAGGGUCUUGUUAGCUAGCUCACUCCAGAAUUCUGCUUUCAUAUAAUGUUUUCUGCUUCCAUUUUCCUUCUUUUGGAAGGGAGCGGACAGCUUCCACAGUGGGUUCGGGCUCCCUUGGGAGGUGAGGAGCCAUGCCACUGCCGCGGAGCUGCCAGCCUGGCUCAAGGCCUGGUGUGCUGGGCCCUGGCGCCCCGGCACUGCCGUCCCGCCCCAGGGGCUGCGCUUGCCUUUCCGCAGAGGGAACGUUCACAUUCCCCGAUUUAUCCUUUCUGCCCGGGGGUGAAAUCCAGCACCAAUCCAAAAGUCUGAUAUCUAAGCAAGAGGCAAGAAAAGAACCAGUAACAUCUACAGGCCUAUUCUAGAUGUAUAUCCUAACCGUAUGGAAACAAAGGUUUAAUCUCACUUCUUAUUUAACCAUUUUCCCAGAUGUUUCCUGCGGUUUGACAGAUGUACCAUUUACUAGAAAGUUGUGCUCUUGAGAAUUAGAAUGUUAUGGACACGGUUGCUAUAGACAAUGACUCUGUAAGGGUAAGAUUUGGAAUAAAAUGUUACAUUAAUUUCUAGUUGAAUAAGUGGGUUUUUUUCUCCCAGACCGAAAGUGCUGGCCUGGGCAGCCUCCUUUCGUUUUCUCUCAGGCUGUAACGCGCCUCGGGGACAUGCAGACCGGCUGUAACCCCUUCCGCCAGCAUCGGGGUGCCGGCCCUGAAGGAGCGCCGUGAUUUCUCAGCGCGGAGAGGCGACGAGCGUCCCCGGGCCCUGCCGCCGGGCGCGGCCAUCUUGGCGUUUCCCGUCGGCGCGGCGGGCGGUGGCGGUGCCCCCGGCGGGCGCUGCCCGGGCCGAUGCGGCGCGUGAGGGGGCGGCCGGGGCCGGGGCGGCGGCUCCGCGCUGGCCGCUCCCGACAGCGACGUGGGGGGAGUACGCGGGCUCGUCCCCUCUCGGCCGCGUCGGCAGCCCGGGCCGGCUUCCCGCCCAGCCGCCUCAGGGGGCCUGCCGCUGCCCGGGGCCGGGCGCGCGGCGCGGGGGACUCUUAUCGUGACAGGGCGGCGGGGGCCGCGCUCUGCGCCUCAGCCGCUCGCCGAGCCUUGAGGCCCCGGGCGGGCCGGGGGGACGCGGCCGCCUUCCUGCGCCCGGGCCAUGCUCGCCCCGAGAAACAAGACUGCCAAUGGAGAUUAUCGGAAGGAGCACAGAGAGAGGAGUCGCAGCCCAAUAGAGAGGGCUGCUGCCCCAACAAUGAGCCUUCAUGCCAAUCACAUGUAUGCCUCAAUCCCAAGCUUGACCAUGGAUCAACCUCUAGCACUGACCAAAAACAGCAUGGAUGCAACCCGAACAGUUGGCAUCACACCUACACUGACUUCUGUGGAACGGCAGCAGAACCGUCCAUCCGUAAUCACCUGUGCUUCUGCGAACAACCGGAACUGUAACCUCUCUCACUGCCCCAUUGCACACAGUGGCUGCGGUUCAGCAAUGCCUGCCUACAGAAGACCCUCUAGCACUACCACUGCCUGUGACCCAGUGGUGGAAGAGCACUUCCGCCGAAGCCUUGGCAAGAAUUACAAGGAGCCUGAGCCAGUGGCAAACUCUGUGUCCAUCACAGGAUCAGUCGAUGACCACUUUGCCAAAGCACUUGGGGAUACAUGGCUUCAGAUUAAAGCUGCGAAGGACGGAGUCUCCAGCAGUCCUGAGUCUGCUUCACGGCGGGGCCAGUCUUCCCCUUCCUCUCAUAUGGUCAAUCAUAAUCACUCGCCCUCUGUAGUCUCAUGAAGAGAGGACCGUUAACGUUUGUGAAUUUGCAUGGUUUGACUGAGCUUUGAACAGUGCUUAAAAUAGUGUUGGGGGAGGGGAGAUUAGUUUUCAACACAUGUUUUUUGUGUACUCACGUUUUAUUUGUAAAAGGGUGCCCUUAAAGAUGAUAGCAGGAACUAUUUCAUAAAGAUUCAUAUGAUGUAGCAUCCUUUUUUCCUGCCUCAAUUACCAAAGAAACCUCUGAUGCAAAUCUGCUGCCCCUUAAAAAAAAAAAUAAUGCACGCUAAUCCACAAAAGCCAUUACACUUAGUUGGUUGACCCAAAAUGCUUUUUGCUUUUAUUAGCUUCUUGAGACUAGAAUUUGUCUGGUUUGCUUACAUUGCCCUUUUUUUUUUUUUUUUUUUUUUUUCCCUCUGUGAAGUAAUUUUGUAUGUAUAUACUUGAAAAGAACUGUCAUGUAUGAUUUGCACUAUUGGAGGAGGACUGAAGUUGCAUAGCAACUUUCUGGAAGAUGCUAAUAUUUUGAGGGCAAACUGCUGAAAAAAGGGUUUAAGGAUGACAUUUCUAUCAGUUUGAUUUUUCUUAAAGCAAAACAGCUUUGGAAGGGGAAGUCUCAUACAGGUUAUAGGUCUUUCUCUCUUUAGAUUUCAGGUGCUUAGUGCUUGCAACUGGACUGCAUAAUUUACAGAACACGGGCAUUUUUUCCUAAACACUGCAGUUUGUUAGAAUAGAGCUGAGGUUGGAGGGUUCAAUAGUGCUUAACGAUGCAUGUUUUAUGAAAAAUAGCUGGUAUCUAUUAAUGUAUAGACAGUAAGAAUCAUAAUACUUAUUAGCUUUUCUUCAGAAUUAGUUUAUUUUUGUCAGUAACAAUCCUAGAUAUACUUACUGCUGGUACAGUUGUACUCUAUGAUAUUUGUAUUUGAUACUCACUUUAGUAGCAGCCAGCAAAAGAGGACAGCCUCAGGACAGGCCUCAAACGACGCAGUUUAGAGAUAUAUGAUGCGUGGUACAGGAUGCUAUAGCUUUGCGCAUGACUGAGUAAUUGUUUCUGUCUGCAGCACUGUCUGCUUAACAGGAAUUUGCUUCCUAAAACUAAGUCUGUGUAAUCCACCUUUAACUAGCUGCAGAAACUGCUACCAUUACGUAUCUUGGCUGGACAACAGAUUGUUACAGUUUGUGAAAUAUGAUCUUUAAUUUUUUUAAGCUUAUUCAUAAACCUAUGCCAAGUUGCAGCAUACAUUCCUCCAUUAGAAAACUUUAUACAGGUAUUACUGCAUUUAUUAUCAUUUGCUAUGUUAAUAGCUACUAACUAGAAAUUAGGCAAUAGAGGCAGGCAUAAAACCACAGCUGUGCUAGUACUAAGAGCUUCUCUUCUUCUUGUUAAGUGUAACUGCUCUCCCCCAUACAUUCCAUCUUCCCAGUACAGUUGCAACUAGGGCUUUUUUUUAUACUGGGUUACCUGAAAUGAUUGGUUCAGUGUAGAAAGUUAGAAGUAGUUGGAAGAUGAACUACACGUGAUGUAUUAUGGACUAUGUUACAGUAUUGGGUCCAUUGUGGCUUUUAUUUUAUGUUUUUUGUUUUUGGUUUGUUUUUUUUUUUUUUUAAAGUUAAGCUAUUUAAUUUGGAAAAGGUGCAGGGUAGAAAGAGAUCGGGAGAUUGGCUCUUACUCUUGUUGAGAAGGUGGCUGCUCAAUUUUCUUUAAAAAAAUUAAAAAUACAAAAAAAACACCACA